GUUCGUGCAACACGCUGCUGGGUUUGUGCAACACGCUGCUGGGUUUGUGCAACACGCUGCUAGGUCUAUGCAACAUACUGCUGGGUUUGUGCAACACGCUGCUGGGUUUGUACAACACGCUGCUGGGUCUGUGCAACACGCUGCUGGGUCUGUACAACACGCUGCUGGGUCUGUGCAACACGCUGCUAGAUUUGUGCAACACGCUGCUAAGUUUGUGCAACACGUUACUGGGUUUGUGCAACAUGUUACUGGGUUUGUACAACAUGUUACUGGGCUUGUGCGACACGUUACUGGGUUUGUGCAACACGUUACUGG